GAUAUCCCAAAUGCUAUAGCUGUUUUAUAGUCCCCCUUUCAAUUUAUAAAAUUAGCAUUAUUUUAAAAUGGAUUGUAAAAGACAUUUUUAGAUCGGUGACUUGUACAGUAACCAUGUACAAUAUCAUAUCAGAUACAGUAACCAUACUUGUUUCAUAGAGAGACAACUGCAGUAAACAAAUUCAAACAACGAUCAAUUAUAAAUAGUUUCCUUCUCUCAACAAUCAAAGUAACGAUUAUUUUAUUCCCUUUUUCCCCUAUUCGCAGUUGGUUGCGUGACUCGUAAAUCAACAGAAAAAAAAUGGCUAAAAAAAGAUACGCUGUAAUAGGUGCAGGACCUAUGGGCAUUGGAUCUAUUAAAUGCCUAAAAGAAGAAGGAAUGGAACCAGUAUGUUUCGAAAAAACCAGUCAUAUUGGCGGUCUGUGGAGGUACCAUGAUGAUGACAUCGAUGGAUUGGCAUCAGUUAUGAAAUCUACAGUUAUAAAUAAUAGUAAAGAAAUGGGUGCAAUGAGCGACUUCCCACCUAAGGAGGACUAUCCAAAUUACAUGCAUAAUAAACAAGUGAAUGAUUACAUCACCAAUUACGCAAAAGCUUUUGAUCUUGAAAGGCAUAUUCAACUUAACAAAGAAAUAAUUGAGGUUGGUAUGGCGGAUGAUUAUGAAGAAACUGGACGCUUAUUUGUCGUCGCAAAAGAUACCAUCACUGGAAUCGAGACUCGGGAAAUUUUUGAUGGUGUUAUGGUUUGCAUUGGCCAUCAUGUCUAUCCCAAUUGGCCUUCUUUUCCGGGAAUGGAAAAAUUCAAGGGAAAGAUUAUACAUACGCACAGCUUAAAGAAAAUCAAUCCAUUUGAUGAUCAAGUUGUUGUGGUUGUAGGAGUGGGCAACUCAGGAAUGGAUGCAGCUGUGGAAAUCAGUACAGUAGCCAAACAAGUGUACUUAAGCACAAGACGAGGAGCUUGGGUGUUACCUCGAGUGGGACCAUGGGGUUUUCCGAUAGAUAUCCAGCUUCAACGAAGGUUUCUCGAUAUUUUGUUUAAAACUCUUCCUUACACUCUUGUCUGCUGGUUUUGCGAACAAGUAACUAAUCAGCGUUUUGAUCAUAAAUUGUACAAUUUAAAGCCCAAACACAGAAUCUGGAGUCAACAUGCAACUAUCAGCGAUUCUCUGCCCAUUAAACUUCUCAGUGGAACUGUUGCAGUUCGGAAAAAUAUCAAAGGAUUUGUCGAAAACGGUGUGAUCUUUGAUGGGGAAGAAAAGGUUACUGAAUGUGAUUCGGUAGUUUUUGCGACAGGUUACAAAAUAAAAUUUCCUUUUCUUCAUGAUAGUCUUACAACAGUCAAAAAUAACCACGUCCAUUUGUAUAAAUAUAUUUUUCCACCUCACCUAAAACAUCCGACACUUGCCAUUUGCGGCCUAGUGCAAGUGGUCGGAGCUGGUUUUCCUACGGGGGAGGCUCAAGCUCGAUUCGCCGUUUUAGCUAUGAAUGGAAAAGUUAGUCUUCCUUCAAGGGAAGAGAUGGAAGCUGAUAUACAAAAGAAGAAAAUAGAAAACGCUAAGCGAUAUUCGCAUUCAGAACGCCACACCAUUCAAGCUGAUUAUAUUCCAUACUUGGAUGAGAUAUAUUCUCUUAUCGGAGCCAAGCCAAAUUUUUUCAAAAUGUUAUUUACGGAUCCGGUGUUGUUUUGGACUCUUUUCUUUGGCCCAUCAUUGCCUUACCAGUACAGGCUCCAGGGACCACAUCCUUGGCCAGGGGCUAGGCAGGCUAUAUUGGACUGGAAGAAAAGAAUAGUAAAACCUUUGAGAGGGGAUUACGAAUAUUAUGAAAAUUCAAUAAAGGUUUUUAAAAUAUUUCUUCUUGCACUUUUUGUAAUUCUAAUUGGGUAUUUGAUCCAGAACAUUUUUUAAAGAAAAUUAGUCCUAAUAUAAAGAGAGUAUUCAUAAAAUGUCAGAUUUGAUUAAAAUAUAUGUAAUACGAAACAUAUAUGUAUAUAAAUAAUAUUUGUAUUUUUUGAAUAAAAUAUUUCAAACAA